CUCUUAGAGGAUCAUCUCAACCAACGCAAGGCAGAAGAAGGCUUAGAUGCUGACAUGGUGGAGAACAGUGGUGACGAGAGGGGAUGGGAAGGAUGGGAUAUAGAUUCUGACGACUCUUCUGAAGAGGAGAGUGAAAAUGGGUGGAUAAACGUGGAAAGCGAUGGCGAAGAAGCCUUCGAUAUGAGCGAUAGCGAAGACGACUCGGCGAAGAAAGCAGCACUAUCUGAGACUGUGCAACAAAACGACACACCAAUUCUGACACCCGCGGAUUUUGCUUUGUUACAAGAGCUACGGCUAAAGGAGGCCCAGAAAGCUGUAGAGAUGGGUGGAGGCUCACAGUCUAAACGAAAGCUUGCGCUUCUUGAGGCACAGAAAAAGGCUACCGCCAUGGUUGUUGAUGAUCACGACGGCGAGGUUAUUACCGAAGCUACUAUACUUGGUCCCCGCAAAAAGGCCAAAGCAAGCUACGAGGAGCGAAUGGCAUCGAUAGCCAAGGGACGUGAAGGGCGAGAGAAAUUUGGAAGUUACAAAGGCAAGAAGAGGAAAGCAGCAUUAAGCAGCUCCACAAAUAGGGAGAAGAGUCGAAAUAAGCCUGUCAUGAUGGUCCGUCAAAGUAGUGCUGUGAGGGCGAAGAAGAUGGCAGGGUUGAAAGACAAACAGAAGAGAAUCAGGGCACACAUUGAGAGGGCUAAAAAAGCUUAUCAUUAG